AUGGACUUCACGCUACGUUGCAAUGCGCUCAACUGCCGAGUCCAGCUCGUGGAGCGGGCUGUGGUAACGACUUGCAGCCAUGUCUUCUGCAAUCCUUGUUCUGACGAGCUUGGCUUGACUGCACCAGCUGGUGCUAAUCGGGUCUGCCCGGCAUGCCGAACUCUUCUUUCUCAACCUGAUGACGCUGUCUCUACAUCAUUGCAUCCGACCGAGGACUACAAGACGAGCGUUCUGAGUGGCCUCAGUCCUAGCACUAUUAUGGAAUGUGCUGGGCGUGGGUUGGCCUUCUGGAGCUACCAGUCGACGCAGGAGAUCGUCUACCAGGAGUACACGGUGAAGGCAAUGACUGAGAAGCACAACACUCUUAACGUGCAGAUCGACAAGAUUCUCAACGACGCCAAUUCCGAACUGAACAUCCUGAAUCAGAAGCUGAACAAUAUGCAAAUAGACCAGGACAGGCUCAAGCUUGAGAAUAAGAAUCUCGUAACAGCCUUCCGAGAGAAAAGCCGCAAACAUCAGCAGACACAGGAACUCUAUGAUCGCUUGAAGCGCAAGGAGAUGACAGCAGCUACACAGUCUGCGGCGUUCGAAUCCGUAGAUGAAGUACUCGGCAAUGUCCCAGGUCGUCAAGGCUUCGUUUCUUCUCAGCGUACUUCUGUCGCUCCGAGAUCUCACGCUCAACAAGACUUCCAGUCCCCUCAACGGAAUCGCAACGGAAUAGAGCAACUCCAUGCCCGACGGAAGAGUGGCAGCAACGAAAUCCAAGGCAAUGGGGCAAUGAUGCCUCCUCCGCUUCAUCGACCAGGAGGUACUGGAAGCAAUACGUUCGGAUUCGGUGAGCCAAAGCCCUGGUAUGCCACCCACGCUGCUGAUGGUCGUUUAGCAAAUCCCAUGCCUACACCAUCCAACCAUCGCACCCAGCUUGGGCCGACAGCUCAAUCCGCCAGCCGCCUGGGAACACUUGGUUAUCGACAUGACGCCAACAUGUUCAAUAAGGAUCUGCAGAACCAUACUCCAGGCCAACGGCAAUCUCUCGCCAGUCUCAAUAUGAAUAGCGUGAAUAGGAACGGCUUGAGCGGGUAUGGAAUGAGUGCAGGAUCACGCCCCUCCGAAAUGACACACUCCAGCCAUGGUCAGGCUGGUGCGCCGUUCGGUCACGAAUUUCAAGCCCAGCAGUUUCAACGCGAUGAAGGUGUCUACUAUUGA